AUGCCAGGUGCACAAGCCGGUGAUUCCGAAGCGCAAAACUAUAUCGGCGAAUUGUAUGAAAAAGGUAUCGGGAUCAGCCCCGAUUAUAAUCGUGCAGCGCAAUGGUUUCGCAAAGCCGCCGACCAAGGCAGUGAUGAACUAGCCUUUACCUCAUCGAUUGCAGCGCUGGAAGCACAAAUCGAUAGCUCCAGCCAACGUGCGUUGCAAGCUGAGCGUGAAACUGGUCAACUGCGCGGCCAAAUCCAACAAUUGCAGGGUCAAGUCAGCAAUCAACGCAGUCAACCAACUAGCGGACCAAACGCAGCAACAAAGUCAGACUGGCAAUACCGACCACUUGGCCGCAGCGAUAUUCAAGUCAGCCCGCUUUGUUUAGGCACCAUGACCUUCGGCGAGCAAAACGAUGAAGCCGACGGCCACGCCCAGUUAGACUAUGCACUCGAUCACGGUAUCAAUUUCCUCGAUACUGCCGAGAUGUACGCGGUGCCGGUCAAAGCGGAAACUUAUGGCCGGACUGAGGAGAUUAUCGGUACUUGGCUGGCAGCGCGUAACAACCGCGACAAGAUCGUCGUUGCCACCAAAGUCAUCGGGCCAGGUGAACGUUUUCCUUGGAUUCGUGAUGGUAGUCCGCGUUUGAAUCGAGCGCAUAUUGAAGCGGUGAUAGACGAUAGCCUAAAGCGUUUGCAAACCGAUUAUAUCGACCUUUAUCAACUGCACUGGCCGGAACGUAACACCAACACUUUUGGCCAGCUUGGCUAUGAGCAUAAAGACGAUGAAGACGGUAUUACUGCUUUGCGAGAAACCCUGGAAGUGUUGGCCGAUUUGGUGAAGGCAGGUAAGGUGCGUACUGUUGGCGCGUCGAACGAAACGCCUUGGGGAAUGAUGCGGUUUUUUCAGCUUGCCGAUGAGUUGGGUUUACCGCGUAUGGUCAGUAUUCAAAAUCCCUAUAACCUGCUCAAUCGCACUUAUGAAGUUGGUUUGUCAGAGGUAUCUAUUCGUGAGGAUUGUGGCUUGCUGGCUUAUGGGGUUCUAGCUAGCGGUAUGCUGACGGUCGUGCGGGCCAUCUCCAAACCCAUCUGCGUCAAGCCUGAACGCGACAACAAUAACGGCACCCCAAUCUGGGCGACCUUAAUCACCAUUUCCGACGUCAGCCGUCCGGUGGUAUAA